AUGGAGAAUGUCUUCAGCUUCCUCUCCGUUUGCCAUCACAAACUCCACUACAGGUUGUUAAUCCUAGGAUUAGUCGCCGUGGAUUUGCUCUGCACGGUGUAUGUAAUCUGUGAGCUUCCUCCAUUCACGGGGGGAUACUACUUCUUAACGGACGACCGUGUAGUAGUUGCAAUGAGACGAUUAAGAUUGUAUGGUGGUUUCAGUAAUAUGUUUAUCUCAACUAUUUGGUUCCACUUCAACAAAGAUAUUAUCAGUAAUGUCGAGGUUGAAUUAAACCUUCUGGGUGUCAACCUUAUAAGUGGUGCUGCAGUUAGGAGGUGUUUAAACGAAAUUUCAAUAGUUUUUCUAUUUUAUAUCUCAACCAGUUUGUUAUACUUCUUAUCAAGCUGGGCAUUUUGGACACAACUGACGAUGUUGAUAAUCUACUUCAUCAACUCUUCCUUUGUCUUUGGCUGCUGUGGUCUCUUGAGCUGUUCUCUUCUCCAAUUGGGUUCCUUCUUCAACGAUUUCUUACGCUUCAAUAAACAUCAGGACUCUGUCUUAAAGUACCAGCGUAUCUCUACCGUUCUCGAAAAAGUAUGCCAUUUGUUCAAACUUCCCAUGUUCCUCAUUAUCAGCUAUAGCUUUAUCCUCAGUCUGUUCAAUCUCUACAUCUUGUUUAGCUCUUUACGACCUAAUCUUUUCUGGACCAAUGUAUUUCUUUUCUUUUGUGUCGUAUACUAUCAGUAUCCACUUUUGAUGGUGAUUCGAUCCUGUACUGAAUUGAACAAGAAGGUAAUUGCAAAACUGAUGAUAAUGAAGUACAACUUUCAAGUUUUCAGGUACAAAGCCGUAACCGAAACUCUCAAGAUUCAAGUACACUUACAGUUUGACGCGAUACAUUGCAUGGGUAUUUAUGAUAAGUAG